AUUUCUAGACGUAUACCAGGUGAAACAAAUCAAGAGAACGACUUAAAAUCAAGAUUCCCAGCCUCUCUGAAUUUUGAAAAAGAAGCUGUUCCAACUUUGCUUCCACGUCCUGGUGUGCCUGCUCCAAACAAAUAUCCAUUAGCGAGACUUUACGAUGCUUUGACUAAGAAGACAGAACCAGAACUUAUAUACGAAGCUGAACCCCACAAAUUAUAUUUUGUCUUCUGUUAUGCAUUUGCUAUGUUAUUCAUUCUCUACGGACUAAAUGCAUUUAAUAUUGGAUAUGGCCUUGCAUGGGGGAUGUAUGAAGGUAACGAAAUGAAAAUGAAUGAAACUCAAUUGACUAUUCAAUUGGUAAUGCAUCUCGCAAUAGUCACAACCCUAGCAUCAAUGCCAUUGCUUGCAGGUCUUGCCUUUAUACUUGCCCCAUCUAGAUUGAUCAGAAGAAUUUGGUACUUGCCACCAGUGACCUUCGUUAGAUUUACCACCCAUCCCCUUUUACCAAAUCGUCCAACCCCUGUUCAUACUUUUCCUCUGGGAGUACUCCAGAAAAGUAUCACUGCCAAGGUUUACAGUGGCAAAGGAUUUUAUGGAACCAACGAUUCUUCGUUUUUUUUCUUUUUGAGAGAGGAAGGUAACAAAAUCCCAUUUAUAGUCGAUAGAAAGGGAUUCUUUUGGGGAGAUGGUCGUGUUUUCGAUUUAUUAUUCAGUAAUGACUCUAUUGAGAAAGUCGAAAGUGCCAAGAAGAUAGAUGAAGUUUACGGAGACCUUAUAAGGGAAAGAAAGAACAAAGAAAUGCAAAUGCGUAAAGAGUUGGGUUUUGGUUGGAAAACAAAAGCCAAGGCUAAGUUAAUGAAAGAGGAUAUCGAC